AUGACUCCUAUUUACCAUGUGCUGAGGUCGGUCAUUUUAGAUUUCUUUGGUCGAGUUAAGCCUCUAGUUUUAUCUACAGAUGUGGCAGUGUUGUACCCUUCACCUUUUUUUGGACCACUUAAGUUAUGGGAAGACUCAAUUUUCUUCGCCGUGCCUAAAAAACGUAGGACCGCAGAACAACGGCGCAUACGAAAAUUUCUAUCCUUGAGAUCCGGUGAUUACAAACCUAGAGAUGAUCUAACACCCUGUAAAUUCUGUGGACAUUUAAACCCUCGAAAAUUUCUAUGUACCAACUGUUACAGUAAAGUACGUGAGGAGACUAACUUUUUACGUUCCCUCAUCAAUGGUCAACUUCCAAGUGAUCGCGAAGUGAAAUUUGUUUAUAAUGAUGACAACGGCACUAACGCAUCCGUUAACAAUGCGGAAGUCAAAGUCCCUGGAUCUAGACCUUCGUGGUUCCCAUCCAUUCCACAAGAAACAAAACCUCCAGGUGGUGAGAAUUCAUAA